GGACCCCAACACCUGGAAAAUACUAUGGACCGCCCAAGCGCGGUGGCGGCUCUGGAUAUGAACGCCCAUACGAUCCCAGGCCUUACGAUAGUCGCUAUGCCCGCGACCAUGAUGACCGCAGGGGUGGUCCUCGUGGAGGUCGUGACUACGACCGUGGAUAUCGUGACCGCGACCAUGACCGUGGCAGAGACUACGAUCGUGGUGGACGUGGUGACUCUGACCGUGGUGCUGACCGUGGUGGCGGUGGUGCUGACCGCGGUGGUGUUGAGCGUGGUGGUGGUGAUCGUGCAAGGUAUGAUGACCGGCGGUACUGAUAUUUCAUUCCUUCUUCUGUUAUGUAUAUCGCAUCUAUAGGUUCUCAUGUACAUGUGCUCUUGGAAUGUCUUUUAUCACGCGACGUACCGUACUUUGCCCAUAAGACCACAACUGAAAUCGGCACUUGCCGAGCAAUGUUGACUGACGACGCCCAUGAUCCAGGCUUACCGCAAGAGCUCGUCGACCUCAUUGUUGAUUUCCUCCAAGACGAGCCGUUUUCGCUUCAAGCGUGUGCCCUAGCUGGGCGCUGUUUUCUGCAACGAUGCCGCCUGCAUCUGUUUUGCAGAGUAUGUUUUACAGACGGUACUUCGUCUAGGCGUUUCCUUCCGUUGCUUUUGGCACCGCAUAUUCCACCUCUGGUGCGAGAGGUAUCCGUCAUCGGUCCCGGCACGACUGCGGAAUCCCAGUGGACAGCCUCAGAUGAUACAUUGUCAUCUGUGCUUGUCUCCUUUGUAAACGUUGAGGCUGUCCAUAUCCUGUCUUGCCGUUUCAAUUCAGUCGCCACCAUCCAAAAAUUACGCACUCUGGCAUCCAAGGCAGUCAAGUUCCUUCAGCUUGACACACUCCAAUUCGAGCGGACGGAGGAUUUCUUUUCAUUGCUCCAAUGUUUCCCCUCCCUGCGCCAUCUCCUUUUAGGUUCCGUGUAUGUCCGAUCCAACGAGCACCUUCGUGUUCCUCACCCGCCGCCCGUACUACUGGAGACUCUCGAAGUGCCAUUCCGUCUGUCACUGACUGCCAUCCCCACUGUCGGCUUACUUCUCAAUCCCUGGUCGCCCAUCACUUUGAGUCACCUCAAAUCCUUACGAAUUGAACGCCUAAGUCUAAAUGAUCUUCCAAUAAUCAUGUCUUUGAUGGAAGCAUCACGCGUCACACUGGUAGACCUCCUCCUUGGACCAAUUCGAAUGGUGACUGCCUCUGACCUAGACUUGACCCGUCACCCGAUGGUACUCCCACUGUAUCAUCUCAGAUAUUUGCAGAUCCAGAUAUCCAAUAGUGUUUUACAUCGUCGGCUAUUUAAGUGGUGGACAAAUGUUUUCCAGAUGAGCGAACAGGAUUGGUGUCUGGAAGACGUCACCAUUAAACUGUGGUGCGACGGUAACUCACGUACAUUUCAUGAUACCCAUCAGUGGUCCCUGCUCGAUGCUGCGCUUACCCGAUCGUGCAUGAAGGAGUUACGCGCUGUCAACAUCAAAAUAUCUUUCCCGCCUCGGUCUCUUGCCCCAGGUAUUAUUGCGCCUGAGCUGUCCGAUCUCAUAAGACUCGCGUGCCCUUCCAUGGUAGCGAAGGCUCUUCUUCACGUGGAACCAUGGUAGCAGAUAACGACAUAUUCUUACGAUCUUCGGGUCCCCAUUCUGGCUGUCAAUGAAGCUCGUUUGUUUUGGGCGGAUGGAAUAUACAUCUUCGAGAUCGAUUUGCGGGAUUAGAGGUUUCGUCAAACAAGGUCGUAAUACAUAGCUGGUAUCGGGCUAUGUAUAACAAUUCUAUCACCUGAAUCCGUUUCCAUGGAUUGUAUUGCUUGCAUUGGGGACUGCGGUACCGAACACUUCAAACUGAGCGUCUAUGUUAACUUCCCCUCAUAUGAUCCACCGUACAGAUGCGGUCCCGGACAAAAACAACACAAAAACGUCGGUGAUAAGA